UAAGGGUCACGGGACGGAACUGUUUAAUGGCCUACUGUUUCACUGUCUGAGAAGGGCCAAGCAGCAACAAAACGUCAACCAACCUGCUUUGUAUCGCAAGUAUUAUUGAUUAAAGUUGUUAGCUAGGUUAUUUAGUUAGUAAAAUCGCUUGGCAACAAUGCUAGCCAUAAUUAAUCGAUUUUUGGAAUGGAUAAAAAGCCUUUUCUGGAAAGAAGAGAUGGAGCUGACGUUAGUUGGCCUGCAGUAUUCUGGAAAAACAACAUUAGUGAAUGUUAUUGCGUCGGGGCAAUUCAGUGAAGAUAUGAUUCCCACUGUUGGCUUUAACAUGAGAAAAGUCACAAAGGGAAAUGUUACUAUCAAGUUGUGGGACAUUGGAGGUCAACCAAGAUUUCGCAGCAUGUGGGAGAGAUACUGCAGAGGAGUGAACUGUAUUGUCUAUAUGGUUGAUGCAGCAGAUCAUGAUAAGCUAGAACAAACAAAAAAUGAAUUGCACAGUUUACUAGAAAAGCCACAGCUGGCAGGAAUUCCAGUUCUUGUUCUUGGUAACAAAAAGGAUUUACCAAGUGCUCUCACUGAGAAGGAACUCAUUGAAAGACUAAAUCUAGGUGCGGUUCAGGAUCGUGAGAUUUGCUGCUACUCAAUUUCUUGUAAGGAAAAAGACAAUAUUGACAUCACACUGCAAUGGCUCAUACAGCACUCGAAAUCGAGAGGUUAAAUUGAAUUGGAUUAAUUUGUGAUUGGACACUUACACUGUUUUCAUCCAUUCACAGUGACGAUGUUUUCAUUGAGGUGAAUUGAACUAGAAGGCGUUACGUUCUGACAAUGAUAUUACUCAAUAUUUGUACUGAUUAAAUGCAGCAGCCAUAACGAAUCCAGUAGUAUUACGCAAUAAAUACAAACGAAGCACUUUGAAUUAAUGCUUAAGCCAAAGCUGUUAAGCUAGAUUAGACGUUUACUUAAAACUGUGCGACUUUAUUUGCAUGGCCACACCGAAGGCUCUGUCUGUUCUUCCCAGGUUUAUAAAAUUUUCAUUCAGUAUUUAAUUUGGGUUGAUUUUGUAGCAACAUUGUUCUGAAAGGAAAAAUUGUCAAUGAAAUCUGAACGUUGAUAAAACUACCCUCUUUUUUCUGUUAACAUUACUAAUUAACCAACUAUUUUUCGGCGGACUUGAAACAUAACUAGUUUCUGAUAAUUUACUAGGACUUCAAAGCAUGUGAAGGCACUGGUAUUAAAUAUAUAUGCAAAGUGUAUGAGUGUUUGAGAGAAGACGGUGUUGAGUUUCCAACCUGAGAUAGCUUUCUUUCGUUCAUCUGAUUAUUUUCGUAUUCAACUAUAUAUUUCCGGGCUAAUAUUUUAUGAAAUUAAUAAACAAUUUAUUGACCAUCGCUGCAGGUUCUGCUUCAUUUGAUAUUUCUGCUGCGAGUUUCUAACUUUGAUAAGAAGCUCAUUUUCUCGUUAGUUUGACUACCAAUCCAUCGUUUGUUGAGCACAUUUGCUGAUCCUAACCCUUUUGCACAGUCGAAGAUUAAUUAUUUUGAAGCUUAGAACAUUUUGUUUUGCGGUGUAAGUUUUGCUAGCGUUUUUGUAACUUAUCAUCCUAAAGUUAAGUAACAUCUUAUAGUUAAAAGUUUGAGACUAGCCAUUAAGUGUACUCUCAAAAUUCAAUUUUGACUCACAUA